AUGGUUUUAUUCUCUUCGGCCUUUUCACAACAACCAGCAGAUAAUAAAUUUCUUCAAUGCCUCACUAAAGAUGCAAAGACCACACCAUCAGAAUUUGUGUUCACCCAACAACACACAAAAUAUGCAUCUGUUCUGCAGUCAUCCACCAUAAACCUUAGAUUUUCAACCUCUAAAAAUCCUAAACCAUUAGCUGUGAUCACACCCUUGACAUAUUCUCACGUCCAAUCUGCUGUAACUUGUUCCAAAAAGUUCGGAUAUCGCAUCAGAAUCCGAAGUGGUGGUCAUGACUAUGCAGGAGUUUCAUACACUUCAUAUGACCAAUCCCCUUUUGUUGUUCUUGACCUUAAAGAGCUGCGGUCCAUAAAAGUAGACCUGGGUCAAAAGACUGCAUGGGUUGAAUCCGGAGCGACUCUUGGUGAAUUGUAUUACUGGGUAUCUAGAGAAAGUCAAAAUCUAGGAUUCCCAGCUGGGUUUUGCCCAACUGUAGGGAUUGGUGGGCACCUUAGUGGAGGGGGUUUUGGUGCUAUGGUAAGAAAGUACGGUCUAGCAGCUGAUAAUGCUGUUGAUGCUAGGAUUAUUGAUGUUAAAGGGCGACUUCUCGAUAGAAAAUCUAUGGGAGAAGAUCUAUUUUGGGCAAUUAGAGGAAGUGGUGGUGGAAGUUUUGGUGUUGUAGUUGCCUGGAAGGUAAAUCUUGUUUAUGUUCCUGAAAAAGUUACCGUCUUUCGUCUUUCCAAGACUUUAGAUGAAGGAGGUUCGAGUCUUUUUAAUAAGUGGCAGUACGUAGGACACAAUUUAAGUCAGGAUUUGUUCAUUAGAGCUAUAAUACAACCUAUUUCAGCUUAUAAUGGGAAAAGAACAAUUCAGUAUCUGUUCAGCUCUAUGUUUCUUGGAACUAAAGAUCAGCUCAUUAAAACGGUAAAAGAUAGCUUCCCUGAAUUGGGGUUACAGGAGAAGGACUGCAGUGAAAUGAGUUGGAUUGAAUCGGUACUCUAUCAUGCCAAUUAUCAAGGACAAGGAGUCGAUGUUCUUAAAGAUAGAAAACCCGAGUCUAAAAGCUAUUUUAGUGGUAAAUCAGACUAUGUGAACACACCAAUUCCUGAAAAAAAUUUGGGAGAGAUAUGGAGAUGGUGUUUAGAGGAUGACCAACCGAUUCUUAUAAUGGAACCCCAUGGUGGAAAGAUGAAUGAGAUUGAAGACACAAGAAUUCCUUACCCUCAUAGAAAAGGAUAUUUGUAUAACAUACAAUACUUUCAGAAAUGGGAAGAUGGAAGCAGUGAAGUAUCAGAAAAGCAUAUAAGUUGGAUGAGAAGGAUAUAUGAAAAUAUGACACCAUAUGUAUCUAAGAAUCCAAGGGGAGCUUAUGUGAACUACAGGGAUUUGGAUUUAGGUAAACAUGCCAAUGCAAAUAACACAAGUUAUUCGGAAGCCAUGAAAUGGGGGAGCAGGUACUUUAGAAACAACUUCAGAAGGCUGGCAAUGGUGAAGGGUGUGGUUGAUCCAGAAAACUUCUUCCAUUUUGAGCAGAGCAUUCCACCAUUAAUCAGAAAACCGAACUAACUAGAUCAGGGUUCUGGUAAAGAUCGAGCUUUUAGUUGUUGUAGUUCUGCAUAUGUAAUAAACACCUCCCUGAAGGGAAGGAAAUGAU